AUGUUGAAGAAGCGUCAUGACCGAUCAGAUCGUCAUUCCCCGCAAAUACUCCAGCUAAUCAACGGACAAUUCCCAGCACCGCUCGCAUCCUCCCUCGCGACCUACGCACCCAUCUCCUCGGGCCCAUCUUACAGCGUCGGCAUCCCGCCCAAUUCCCCCAUCUCCACGUCCGCGCAAGGCGGGAUCUAUUUCUCGCUCUCAGCUCCAACUUCCUACCAAUGGGUUGGCCUGGGCAUUGGCAAGCAGAUGGCUGGCGCUACCAUCUUUGUCAUGUACGCGGAUGGGAGUGGUAACGUGACGAUCAGUGGACGCGAUGGAGGUCAGGGGCAUGUUGAGCCAGAAUUGGAUUCUGCGCUGAUGGCUGGUGUGGAGCUGCUGGAGGGUAGUGGCGUAAAUGGGAGUGUGAUGACUGCCAAUGUUCACUGUACAACAUGCACUCUCUCCUCAUCCUCCAACUCUGCAUCCUCCCCCUGGAUCGCAGCCUGGCACUCAGGCGCAGCACUCAACACCAACGAUGCAGGAACCGACAUCGCCCAGCACGGAAACGAUGAUUAUCGACAAUUCACGCUCGAUCUAACCAAAGCCUCUCUUUCCACCGAUUCGAACCCUUUCAUCGUAGACGCUGCAUCUGCAUCUUCCCCUUCGGCUUCCGCAAGCCCGAGCUCGAGUUCUGGUUCCGCUUCUGACGAUGGUUCAAGCAGCAGCAGCACUACCGAAUCAAACCAAAGCCGGAUUGAAAGGUUCCAAAAGGCACAUGGCGCUAUCAUGGGUCUUGUGGUCGUUAUCCUCUUCCCAGCUGGCGCUAUACUCAUGCGAACUAUUCGCCAUCCGUGGAUUCACGCUGGUGUGCAGAUUUUCAGUCUCGCGCUCUUGAUAACUGGGCUGGCGCUGGGUGUUAAAUUGGCGCAGUAUACGGAUCAAGUGAGUCUGCUUUCCUUUCUUCCUUUCUCCCUUCUCUUACCUUACCUCUGGGGCAACACACAUACCGAAUUCGGCGUCGCCAUCGUAGCGCUCUUCCUCCUCCAACCCUUCCUCGGCUUAGCGCACCACUUCCUGUACCAGAAACACUCAUCCCGCACCCCCGUGUCCCACAUCCACAUCUGGUACGGCCGCAUCCUGAUGAUCCUGGCUGUUAUCAACGGGGGUCUGGGCCUGAAACUGGCGGAUAAUACGAGGAGUGGCGAGAUCGUGUAUGGGGUGCUGGCGGGUGUCGUGGCGGUGGUCUAUGUGGUUAUUGUUGUGUUGAGGAGGCAGGGGAAUGGGAAUGGCAUUGGGAUUGGGAUUGGGAGGAGGGGGGAGAAGAAGACGGAG